AUGGUGGAAGAGUUGGACACCUCGGUUUCAGGAACUUUGAAAUACAAACCGCUUGAGCGGAAGCGCGGGUUUCUGAUUUAUGUUAUGAGAACUUACCCCAUGAUGGUCCCUUACUUGAAGGGAAUCCACUUAACUCUGGAUGGGUGGAGGCCAGGGCGAGACGAGGAAGGAUGGAAGUUGAUGGGCUACAGAGGAGCUACCCCGGCUCCGACUUACAAAGACACCCCAGAAUAUGUUAAAGCCGUACCCCGACUUAAGGAUGACUUAGCUGCGUUGACGUUGCUCACCGCAUCAGAACCUCCCCUCAUUCGGAGGGUGCGGAGCAAUUGGGUGGUGACGGUGUACUAUGGAUUUGGAGAUGCGUCAGCAAUUGGCUUCUGCAGCACCUUUCAAAAGUUUUCGAAACAAAGUGAUACGUUUACUGCAGGGGACAAGAUUCAUUAUCAAUAUGGUCAUUGGUGCUCUGCCAACAGUGAGGAGUCGUCUAACUAUAGGGAACUGUUGAAUUUGGUGGAGGCGCUGGAAAUGCGAGUGAGAAGCAGGGAGUUGUAUGGGGUGGAAAUUUUUCUGUUCACUGACAACUCGACCGCUGAAAGUGUGUUCAACAAUGGCAACUCAUCUUCGAAGUGA